CAGAAAGAACAUUCAAAAUGCAGGCAGGGCACAGGACAAAGCACAUUGAAAUAGCAAUGACAGCAAAAAUGACAUUUUUAAAAAAUUUUAAAUUUCCCGCCGUACGUCCCGAUGUCACAGGGACCGGCACACAGAAGCCGAAUACCGGCAUCGGCCGGAGGAGAUGGCCGGGGACGCUGCAGGGGACACAUCGUGGGAGCGAAGGACAAGGUAAGUGCUGCAGGGACCCCCAGAGCAACGCCGCAUGGUAAGCCCAAGUGUAGCUCAGGGUUACCGCUCUUGGUAUAGAAAU